UAUAAAUUCCUUACCUCCGAAGUAAAAAACCAUAUUUAUUUAACAAAUGUGUUAUUGUAUCGACAGGCGGUGCUGGCUUUAGUGGCGUGUGCGCACGCGCAGUACGCGGAGGAGCGCGCGCCGCGAUACAUCGCAUCCGAGCCUAAGCAGCCCGCGCCCCCGCCGGUAGCCAUUCUCAAGCAAAUUAACAGGCACAAUGAGGAUGGAUCAUACACUUACGGGUACGAAGCCGCCGAUGGAUCGUUCAAGAUUGAAACUAAGUCGCCCGCGGGAGAGGUCAAAGGCAAAUACGGAUACAAGGAUGAUACUGGCAAGGUCCGAGUAAUUGAAUAUGGUGCCAAUAAGUACGGUUUCCAGCCCGCCGGAGAGGGCAUCACAGUGGCGCCACCUACCCUAGUCGACGAAACUAAAAACGAGGAAAACAACAGGCCUGGAAAAGGACAGUCGGGCCGCGCGCAGUACCGUCCCGCCCCGCAGAACACAGACUACGAUUACGAUGAGCCGGCGCCCGCCCCUCGCCCUGCCCCGCGCCCCACGCAGCAGCCAUACCGCGCCCCUGCGCCCCAACCCCAGCAAUACCGCGCCCCCGCUCCCCAACCCCAACAGUACCGCGCCCCAGCUCCCCAGCCCCAACAGUACCGCGCCCCCGCGCCCGAGCCACAGCAGCAGUACAGACCAGCUCCUCAGCAGCAGCAGCAACAGUAUAGGCCUUCACCAGGACCGGCACCUCCUAAGCCCGCAUUCUUCGCUGGUGCCGCACCGGCUCCCGCGCCCGCCGAGGACAACUUCUUCAGCCCGCAGCCGCAGCAGAGGCAGUUCAAACAGAAGCAGGACUUCAGGCCCGCGCCCCAGUUCCAGCAGUUCGCCCCCAAGCCCCAGAUAGAGUACAGCCAGGAUUACUCCCCCGCCCCCACGAGGCCCUCCAACCAGGCCAACUUCGCCCAGCGCAACCUCCCCUUCUCCAUGCUGGACCAACUCCUCAAGGAAUACGAGCUGCCCGCGAAUGGCGCCGCCCCCCUUCACGACAUCACAUUCGGAUCCUACUAGUUUAAGAAUAAAUAUCAAUCUCAUUUUGUAAAUAUGUAGAUUAUUUUGUAUUAAUUAAAAACAA